GGCUGAGGCCACUGCACUCUAGCCCAGGCAACAGAGUGAGACUCUGUCUCAAAAAAAAAAACACAAAAAUACCCCCACAAAUCUAAGUUUGAGUGAUUUUGCUGGAUUCUUUAAACACUGGGCAUUUUCUCCUUUAAAAGUAAGUGAGUAGCUUUGCCUGGGAACAGAAGCCUGAGGCCAGUGGCUGCAAGUUCAGGCCAAGUUGAGCCUGUGAAGGGAGGUCAUUGCAGACCCAGUUGGUUCUUCCUGGGGAGUCUCCCUGCUGGUGUCUCGGCUGCUCACAGUGACCUUGGGAGGAGCCCUUUCUUUAUACUGGGAGAAGCUUCGAGCUCUGGAAAGCUGGGUGACCACAGGCAGAUGGGGUUCGGGGGGGAUGCCCUGUCCGAGGUUGUAAUUGUUAUUAUCCUGGUGCUGUUUCUUAGACAUUGUCAAAUGAAACACAUCUGGAUUUAGGUAAAGAAUGAAUUCAUGACGAAGGAAUACUGCAAAAGACUGAAACCACCAAGUAUAAGAUCUGCAGGCAUCUCAAAGGAUUCGCUGGUCUUUGAGGAUGUGGCUGUGAACUUCACCCUGGAGGAGUGGGCUUUGCUGGAUCCUUCCCAAAAGAAUCUGUACAGAGAUGUGAUGCAAGAAACCUUCAGGAACCUGGCCUCUAUAGGAGAAAAAUUGGAAGAUCAGAACAUUGAAGAGAAGUACAAAAAUCCCAGGAGAAAUCAAAGCACUCAUAUUCCAGAGAGACUGUGUGAACGUAAGGAAGGUAGUCAAUGUGGAGAAACCUUCAUCCAGGUUCCAGAUCACGUUCUGAACAAGAAGACUCCUCCUGCAGUAAAACCACUCAGAAGCAGUGUGUGUGGAGAAGUUGGCAUGAAUCAUUCAUCCCUUAAUAGGCACAUCAGAGCUGACAGUGGAAGGAAACCAAAUGAGUAUCAGGAAUAUGGAGAGAAGCCAUAUAAACGUAAGCAGUGUGAAAAAGCCUUCAAUUAUCGUCACUCCUUUCCAGUACGUGAAAGGACUCAGUCUGGAGGGAAACCCUAUGAUUGUAUGGAAUGUGGAGAAACCUUCAUUUCCCUCGUAAGCAUUCGAAGACACAUGGUGACACACAAUGGCGGUGUACCUUAUAAAUGUAAGGUGUGUGGGAAAGCCUUUGAUUAUCCCAGUUUGUUUCGUAUACAUGAAAGAAGUCACACUGGAGAGAAACCCUACGAAUGCAAGCAAUGUGGUAAAGCCUUCAGUUGUUCCAGUUAUAUCCGAAUACAUGAAAGGACUCACACUGGAGAUAAACCCUAUGAGUGUAAGCAAUGUGGUAAAGCCUUCAGUUGUUCCAAGUACAUUCGAAUACAUGAAAGGACUCACACUGGAGAGAAACCCUAUGAAUGUAAACAAUGUGGUAAAGCCUUUAGAUGUGCCAGUUCGGUUCGAAGUCAUGAAAGGACUCACACUGGAGAGAAACUUUUUGAAUGUAAGGAAUGUGGGAAGGCCUUGACUUGUCUUGCAAGUGUUCGAAGACACAUGAUAAAGCACACUGGCAAUGGACCUUAUAAAUGUAAGGUAUGUGGCAAAGCCUUUGAUUUUCCCAGUUCAUUUCGAAUACAUGAAAGAACGCACACUGGAGAGAAACCCUAUGAAUGUAAGGAUUGUGGGAAAGCCUUCAGUUGUUCCAGUUCCUUUAGAAAACAUGAACGAAUUCACACUGGAGAGAAACCCUAUAAAUGUACAAAAUGUGGGAAAGCCUUCAGUCGUUCCAGUUACUUUCGAAUUCAUGAAAGAACUCAUACUGGAGAGAAACCGUAUGAAUGUAAGCAAUGUGGGAAAGCCUUCAGUCGUUCCACUUACUAUCGAAUACAUGAAAGAACUCAUACUGGAGAAAAACCCUAUGAGAACCCUAACGCUAACCCUUCAGUUGUCCCAGUUCCUUUCAUAGCCAUGAAAGGAGUUACACUGAAUGAAACCCUAUGAAAGUAAGGAAUUUGAGAAAACCUUCCAUCCUCUCAGUUUCUUUUGAAUACAUGAAAAGAUUCACAGUGGAAGAAGAGAUAAUCAGCUUUGUAUUAAGAGAGAUGUGAUAGAACAGUAAAAUCUAGAGUUAGAGUUAGAUCUCUGGAUUGUCUUAUGUCAAUGUUGGUAGUGUUAGGAACUAAAUUUCCCAGAAUCCAUUGCAUUUAUGAUUCCUUGAUACAAUUCACUAGUAACUAUCUUCCAUGAGAUUUGGAAGUCAGAAGUGAAGAAGGCAUUAGUUACGGUUUGGAGACACCAUCCAAGGAGACAACUAGAUUCAUACAGGCUGUGCAGAUACCUGCUUCUAGCCGAUUUUUCCUGAUUCUUUUGCUUGCCAAUGAAGAAUAUCCUCAAAACUACUUGAUUUCCAUUUUCUUGGAGAUGUAGGUUUCCACAUGUCUCUAGAAGCCCCACACUGAAUAUCCUUGGACUCCUGGCCUCCAAGUGAUCCUCCCACUUCAGACCACUGAGUAGGUGGGAUUAUAGGUGUGCACCACCAUGCCCAGCCCCACAUUGGAUAUCCAUCUACACUCUGGUUUUUUUCAGACAUUAUAAUGUGUGUGUAUAGGCAACCAAUUUAGACUGUCAUGGUUGGGAAUAUAUUCUUGGAUACUCUGACUCCCCUAGUAUAUAAAGUGAAUUGAUAUAAAGUCUAAUUUGUAUAGUAAACACCUUUGUUCAUUCUGGUAAUGACUGUUCUUGAUUCAGCAUGACAGCGACAAUGCUGCCAUCAAAACCAACUAGAUGGGAGCUUGUUCCUCUAUAUGGUAACUGGUCUCACCCUGUACUUUCAUGUAAGAAUUAACUAUCUUCAUAUCUUUAAGACUGUGGGUGUUUCCUGUCACAGCUGAAUGUAAUGUCUCAGUUUAAUUUCAAUUAUGUUUGUAUGUGAUUAAAAACAAUAUGUAUUUUUUAUUCAAACAGGAUUUUUGUGCAUGUUUCUUAGAAAUAGUUUAUUAACUGUUUUCAGUCUUGGAUCAGAUCAAGUUUAUAAUUUUAGCAAGUUAUUUGUAAGACAUUAUGAAGUCCAUAUUAUGUGCAUACAACUUCAGGAUUUUUUUUUCUCAUGUAAAUUUUACUUUUCAUGCUUAUAUAGUUACACCUUUUAUCUUGAUAGUAAUGUCUCAUGUACUCAUAAUACCAAAAGUUAAAUCAUAUUGUUGUGUGUGCCUUCUUGCUAAACACCAUACCUGUUGCAAAAAGGGCAUAAUAAAUUAUAGUGAUAAUUAUGACCACAAACCAUAAAUGAAUGUGUGCUGUAUCAGUAAGAGAUGCUCAGAAGAAUUACUUAUAGGAUUUGUUCUUAUUUUAGGUUGAUUCUUUCCUAUUCAAGGAAGGAAGUCAUUUUUCUGUAUUGCAUGCAGUGAAGAGGUAAACUUAAUUCUAUCCUUGGUAAUCACAAUAGUUCUUAUCUAGAAGGGAGAAGGCAUAGAGUGGAGGUAAACCUAAGUCAUGAGAAAUACCAGUCAGUCAUAUUAUUGAGAAGAGAGGAAUUUUUGUCUCCUUUGUGAUUUGAAAUAUGUUCUCUUCCACCAGUUUUUAUUUUUAUUUAAAAAAUAUUUUCCCAUUAAUAAUGGCCUGAUAUUAACCAGUUUUAUAGACAUGGCCCUUGUUUUUGUCUUGAUCAUCCAUCAUAUUCA